AUGAGGGAAAUUUUGUCAGUUCAGCCCGCAAUCAAAAGGGGCAAGACCGAGGAGAAAGAUGUGAUUAGUUUCUUAACUAGGGACCUUGAGUGCAUUCAAACGCCUCACAACGACGCCCUAGUGGUCACCCUCCGCGUCAGAGACUUCGAUGUUAAGCGUAUCUUGAUUGACCAAGGAAGCUCGGUUGAGAUCAUGUACUAUGACACUUUUAAGCAGCUCAAACUUCGGGAUAUAGAUUUGGCUCCUGCAACUUCGCCAUUAGUUGGUUUCAACUCACAACCGGAGUGGACGAUGGGAAAGAUAAUUUUACUAGUCAAAGCCGGAUCCGUGGUCAAGCAGGUAGAGUUCUGGGUAUUGAAGGUGCUGUCCACAUACAAUCUGAUCUUAGGUAAGGGAUGGCUUCACGCUAUGCAGGCUGUAGCGUUAACCUACCACCAGGUUAUGAGGUUCCCCUCGGCUAUGGGGAAAGUUGAGGAUAUUUGGGGCGAUCAAGUCAUUUCGAAGCAAUGUUUCGUGACAGUGAAUGGGAGCAGAGCUGCCAAAGGCUUCGUGCAAAUGAUCGAAGGUCCAAAAGGCCAAAGUGUCCUUGAAAACGUUGGCACCAGGGCCGAGGAAAAGGUUGUUGAAGAAUUGGUAGGAGUGCGGAUUGACACAGAAAAUCCUAACAAGUUCUUUUUGCUAGGGUCAAGCCUGACCGCCCAAGAAAGGACUGAGAUGGUAGAGUUCUUGAUGGCCAAUAUUGAAGUCUUCGCAUGGACGCCAUACAACAUGCCUGGCAUUGAUCCAAGCUUGAUCUGCCACCAACUCAAUGUUUUCCCGGAUGCACGUCCCGUCAUUCAAAGAACGAGGAGAUCGGCCCUUCAUCAGGCCGAGGUAGUCGCGAAGGAAGUGAGGAACCUGCUAGAAGCAAGGGCCAUCCAGGAAGUGCACUACCCUCGGUAG